CGCUUCACUCACUCGCUCACUGAUCACCGGCCUGCACAUCGAUCGAAGCCAGAGAUCGGUCUCUCACCAAGAAAUUUGAAGCAAUGGCGGCCGGUCUCCAGGUGUUCGGGCAGCCGGCGUCGACGGACGUGGCCAGGGUGCUCACCUGCCUCUUCGAGAAGAACCUCGAGUUCGAGCUCGUCCGCAUCGACACCUUCAAGAGGGAGCACAAGCUGCCCGAGUUCAUCAAGCUAAGGGAUCCUACCGGGCAGGUGACCUUCAAGCAUGGUGACAAGACCCUUGUUGAUUCAAGGGCGAUAUGCCGGUACCUGUGCACCCAGUUCCCGGAGGACGGCAACCGCGGGAUCUACGGCACGGGGUCGCUGGAGCGGGCGUCCAUAGAGCAGUGGCUGCAGGCAGACGCCCAGAGCUUCGACGCGCCGAGCUCGGAGCUCGUCUUCCACCUGGCCUUCGCGCCGCAGCUCAACAUGCUCCCCGACGAGGCCCGCAUCGCGGAGAACGAGCGGAAGCUGCAGCAGAUGAUCGGAGUCUACGACGAGAUCCUCGCCAAAAACCAGUACCUCGCCGGCGACGAGUUCACGCUCGCCGACCUCUCCCACCUGCCGGCCUCCCACUACAUCGCCGGCUCCCAGCGGGGCCGGAAGCUCUUCACCUCCAAGAGGCACGUGGCCAGGUGGUACGACGCCAUCUCCAGCCGCCCCUCGUGGCAGCAGGUGGUCAAGAUGCAGCACGAGCACCCCGGCACCUUCGAGUGAUCGGCGAUCUCCAUCGUCGUCUGUCAUCGAUCGGCAGCAUGCACGAAUCUUCCAUCGGGCUUCAUACCGUGAUGUCUCCGUCGUCAAGGUCCCUCUCGUCUACGUUCGUUCGUUCGUUGUCGUGUUGGCUAAAAUAAUGUGAAGCCCUAAAGCGCGCGGUGUCUCUCGUAAUGUCUUCCAUUAUUGCAACACCAUUGUCCUUCCAAGUUCCAAGGGGUUGUAUCAGUUGCUUUCAGUUCAGCAAAUAAAUUGUUCCCAAUCGAGCCUUCUUGCUCGUUUGUCUUACA